AUGUCUCUGCUCACAACGAAGAACGUGCUGCUGGCAGCCAUUGCCCUGCGGGUCGUGUUUUUCUACUAUGGCCUCUACCAGGACGCCACCAUGGCCCUGCGGUACACAGAUAUCGACUACUACGUCUUCACCGACGCUGCAAGGUUCAUGGCCAACGGACUGAGCCCAUACGAACGAGAAACAUACCGAUACACGCCUCUGCUGGCAUGGCUGCUCCAGCCCACGACGCUCUGGUUCUCCUUUGGCAAGGCGGUGUUUGCUGCAGGCGACAUUGUUGCUGGAUACGCGAUCAUUCGCGUCCUGAAGAUGCAGGGAGUGUCUGACAAGAAGGCCGCUCUGUAUAGCACAGUGUGGCUGCUGAACCCCAUGGUAGCCACAAUUAGCACCCGAGGCUCCUCCGAGGGUCUUUUGGGCGCGCUCAUCGCUCUUCUAUUGUGGGCAGUCUAUGCCAAACAGUGGGUUGUGGCUGGUUUCAUAGCCGGCUUCUCGGUCCACUUUAAGAUCUACCCCAUCAUCUACAUCCCCACAAUCAUCUGGGCCAUGAACGACACCAAUGUGAAGACCAACGGUGGCAAGCGAGUGUCUCUUGUCGAACAGGCCUUCAACUUCUUCACCAAGGAACGUCUCCUGUUUGGUUUCAGCGCAGCUCUCACAUUCAUCGCUUUGUUCUCUGCAUGCUACCAUUACUACGGCCAUGAAUUCCUCCAGCACACAUACCUACACCACCUGUCGCGAACCGACCACAGACACAACUUUUCACCCUACUCCACCCUGUUAUACAUGGUGUCUUCUAAGGCUGGACAGGCUGCUGAAGAACAGGCCCUGUUGCCCCCUCCUCAAACGUGGGCCUUUGUGCCCCAGCUGCUGCUGUCAGGAAUCAUUCUGCCACUCAGCCUGGCCAAGAUCUCCAUGGUCAAAACCAUGUUUCUGCAGACCUUUGUGUUUGUGACCUUCAACAAGGUGUGCACCUCGCAAUACUUUAUGUGGUACAUUGUUCUGCUGCCCUUUUACUUCAAGGACUCCAAACUCAUGUCCCCUGGUCGCAAGGUGGUGUCUAUCACCUUCGCAGUUCUCUGGGUCGUUGCUCAGGCUCUGUGGAUCCAGCAGGGCUAUGCUCUGGAGUUUUUGGGUCGGUCCACCUUCAUGCAGUUGUGCUAUGCCACUCUGGGCUUCUUUGUGGUCAACUGUUUUGGCAUUGUGUUGCUGGUUGGAGAUUUGUAA